CAUCUGGGGUGUACAUAGAAAGGGCAUGAAGACUGUACUUUCAUGUCUUGCAAUACUACUGGUUUUUCUUUUCUGGCUGCAUAUCCGCUUCCCUUUGUCUCUCUCAGUCUCCGAACACCAUAACUUGUUUCUUUCUUCCAGUACCUAUGAAUUUAUCUUUCUCUUGAAAUCCAGUCGCAGUUUCUUAUUUUUCGUCUUUAAUGUUAUUGUUAUAGUUAUCAUCUUCUUCGGCAGUUUUAAGUCGUCGUUUAAAGAAGAUUUUGCCUACUGUGCUGUUUCCUUCCCUACUUCAGCAUAUGAAGCAAGUUAUGAUGGAAAUGAUCAUUAUUGUGAAUAUUAUAGUGAAGAUGCAGAUGAAGAUGAAGAGUACUAUCAUGGUUCUGAUGGCUAUGAUGAAGAUAAUGAGCAUGACGACAACGAUGAUGGUAGCUUUUAUGGAUUCGACGAUGAUGAAUAUGGUGAAGAAGAGAUAGAUAUUGAUUUGAAGAGGAGAAUUGAGGAAUUCAUAUCCAAGGUGAAUGAGACAUGGAGAGAGGAGUUAAGGUCUGAGAAGCUUCUGCGCAUAGCAAUGUACUAGUUAUUGCAUAUAUUAUCUAGUUUCUAGCUGGCUCAAGGAGUGAUCUAUAUGUCAUAUAUACAUAUAUAUAUAUAUAUGUAUAUGUAUGUAUAAAUAUAUGACAGUCCAAUUCAGGUGAGGUUGCUAACUUUGGAGCAUUAUAAGAAUACAUGUCCUAUAACAU